UUUGUACCUACUCUUUGAUCUUUGGUCAAGACUGUCGUAUGCGCUUUAAAAUAUUUUAAAAGAGACCAUCCAUGUAUUGUGUAAUCAAGUUGUUUGAUAUAGUGAUUAUAGAUUGAAUGUACUUCUACUACAGAAAAGUAUUUUCACAAAUUUUGGAUUUCAAACAUAAAGUAAACACGUUGAAACACACAAACUGCUAUGAAAAUGAAUAGGCAUGUGUGUAGACGGAUCCCCCUGUGCUUGCAAAACAUGGGAUUCAAUUUCAGGCACUGUAAAUUAUUCCAUUGUAACGGUGUUCUGUUUGACCAAAAUGCAGUGACUUUUGAAAAUAUUUUGUGUGAUGAGAACAAACUAAGAGUUCUAAAAGCACUUCAGAAGUAUGACUUGCCUUCUUUGAGAAAAGUGACAGUAUCUGGGGAUCAUAGGAAGGCAGCUGUAUUAAUCCCACUGUGCACUGUAAAAGGAGAACCAUCUAUUCUGUUUAUGGUGCGGUCCAAUAAGAUCCCUGCCCACCGAGGAGAGGUGAGUUUUCCAGGAGGAAUGAUGGAUGAUACAGAUCAUGACUUGAUAACAACAGCUUUGCGGGAGACACAGGAAGAAAUUGGUUUGAGAAUUCCCAGAGAAGCUGUUUGGGGAUCUUUUCAGAGUUUACCAAGCAGAGUAAAUGGAAAAACUUUGGUGACUCCAAUUAUAGCAAGCAUUGGUGAACUACAGAACCAUAAUCUACACCUGAACAAGACUGAGGUAGAACAAGUUUUUACAAGGACAAUUUCAUCUCUUUGUGAUAGAAAAAAUGUUGGAUCCACUCAAUUUAAAAGAGGAAAGUUACCAUCACUAAAAUCUGGCUAUACACUUCCUGUAUAUCUUGGGGGAGAACAUCGAAUAUGGGGACUAACUGCAAUUACUCUACACAUGUUGUUACCGAUUCUGGCCCCUGGACUAUACAAAUUUAAUUUGUCGCAUAAAAAUUGAUUAUAUGAAGUACAUGUU